AUGUUAAAUAACUAUUGGAGCGUUCAUUUAUCGGGACAAGAUGACGUACAAGAUCAAUCUCAAGAAGUCGAAGCACCGCAAAAUAAUAACGGACAAAGCAAUAACAAUAACAACAACAACAAUAAUCAACCAACGUUGACACCACAAUCGAAUCAACCAUUUAAUAGUCCAGUUUUUCCCCCUUCACCUUUGAACUUUGGAAAUAAGGACGGAGUUAAUGGUAAUAAUAAUAAUAAUCCAUUCACCGGAUUUUUAACAAACUUUCCACCCGUACAAACGAUCGGAACAAAUUUUUUCGCAACACAAUCUCCAGUACCAAACUUUCCAUAUGUAACACCAAAACCAGUUCUUCCGGGACCUUCAACCGUCAACAGUGGUAAUCUUCCGCAAGGUUUUAACGUACAAACAACCGGACUCGGAUCUCCAUUUCCACUCUCGCAAUAUCCAAGUUUUCAAGGAGUUCCCGUGGGAGGAUUUAAUCCAUCUACGACAUCAAACGUUGGAUUGACUCAAUUUUCGGCUCCGACUUAUAAAUUUCCACAAGAUGCUCUCACGAGUUUCGUACCCCAAGGUUCUCAACCUGUCGUCACUUCGAAUCCUACCUAUCCCGUUUUUCCGGGUUCUUUUCCAACCGUUCCCAACAGCGUUUUUCAAGCUGCUCAAGGUUUGUUGAAACCAUCCGUUUCGGGUACUCAACGUCCGACUUUUAACGUACCUAAUCUCAAUGUCGGAAAUCCAACAAACGAUGUUACGACCACGGUUUUUAGAACGACCCAAUAA